UUAAUGUUUAUGUUCGAGAAUUGUGUAGGCGGACUGUUUUACCCUUGCCAUUUUGAGAAUGAUUCAAUUUGAUUUCUCUUGGGAGCUGAAAGUAGCGUUCUUCUAGUGGUGAGAGAGAAGAUCCCCUGCGAUACGUGUCACGAUGUCUGGCGUUACUCAGUUCAAGAACUGCCGCAUUUUGUACAAUCACCGGCUGAUCCGUGAAGAUCUCUGGGUAGAAGAUGGGCUUAUCAUCAAUCCCGAGGAGCUUUUCUACAAGCAGAAGCGCCCUCCAACCUUCCAGGUGGACUGCAAGGACUCCAUUGUGGCACCUGGCUUCAUAGAUGUUCAGAUAAAUGGCGGGUUCGGGUUCGAUUUCGCGUUCGACGAGGACAAGACAGAGGACGCGGUGUCGACGGUGGCACGAGGCAUCUUGGCGCACGGUGUCACCUCCUUCCUGCCCACCGUCAUCACCUCCGCACCCAGCGUGUACCGCAAGGUGUUGCCCCUGCUGCGGAAGCAGCCGGGCGGCGAGUGGGGUGCCGGCGUGCUGGGCGCCCAUCUGGAGGGGCCGUUCAUCAGCAAGGAGAAGAAGGGCGCCCACCCCGUGCAGCACAUCCGGGAGUUUGACGAGGGAUUCGUCACCUUGAAGGACGUAUACGGCUGUUUAGACAACGUCGCCAUGGUGACGCUGGCUCCUGAGCUGCCGAACGCGCUGGACGCCGUGCGGGGUCUGGUCGACCGCGGCAUAGUCGUCUCUGUUGGUCACUCGGCCGGCUCGAUUGUCGACGGCGAGCGCGCGUUCGAGUGCGGCGCCCACUUCAUGACGCACCUCUUCAACGCCAUGACCAAGUUCCACCACCGUGACCCGGGCAUCAUCGGCAUGCUGACGUCGAAGCGGUUGCCGGUUCAGGAGCUGUCGUACGGCAUCAUCUCAGACGGCAUCCACACGCACCCGGCGGCGCUCCGCAUCGCUUAUAAGACGCACCCUACCGGCCUGUGUCUGGUGACCGACGCCGUGUCGGCGAUGGGCCUCGGCUCGGGCCGCCACCACAUCGGCGACAUGGACGUCGAGAUCCAGGGCGAGCGCGCCGUGAUCGCCGGCACGGACACGCUCUGCGGCUCGAUCGUCACCAUGGACGGCUGCAUCCGACACUACAUGCACUCGGCCCGCUGCAGCACGGUGGAGGCGCUGGAGGCGGCGUCGCUCCACCCGGCCAGGGCGCUGGGCAUCGUCGACAAGAAGGGUACGCUAGAGUUCGGCUCGGACGCCGACUUCGUGCUGCUUUCGGAUGACGUGCACGUGCGCGCCACCUACAUCAGCGGCAGGCCCGUGUUCACCGCCGACGGUCAGCAGUUCCUGCACGCGCCGGUCCUGUAGCGCGGCCUGCCAUCUGGCGGGCGAUCGGCGAACCCUGCACCGUGCGGGGAGAGCGGCGGCGGCGGGGCGCAGUCUGCGCGCCGGUGGGCUGAAAGCUCGGUGUAGAGGUGAAGGGGUGCUUGCGUCGGGUCUGGGGGUCAGGAGCAUCCAGCUGCGGCGCGCGCUGCCUGCUGGCCGCUGACAAGGCGGUGCUGGUGAUAUUCAGAACCGUUGUGUUUUAAUCAGUUGGUCUUAUCGCGAGCGUAGCUGGGCUAAGCCAUAGUU